GAAAAGACAGAAUUAUAUUUGUGACCAAGGAGGACCAUGAGACACCGAGCAGUGCUGAGCUGGUUGCAGAUGACCCAGAUGACCCUUAUGAAGAACAAGGUUUGAUACUGCCCAAUGGAGAUAUCAACUGGAAUUGCCCGUGUCUGGGUGGAAUGGCCAGUGGUCCCUGUGGGGAGCAGUUCAAGUCGGCCUUUUCUUGUUUCCACUAUAGCACAGAAGAAAUAAAGGGGUCAGACUGUGUGGACCAAUUUCGUGCCAUGCAGGAAUGCAUGCAAAAAUACCCAGAUCUUUACCCUCAAGAGGAUGAAAAUGAAGAAAAAGAGAAGUCAAACAAAGAUUUGGAAGCUGCUUCUGUGGAGGCUUCUGCUGCCAAAGAGGAGAAGGGCUCUAGCUAAUGAAGAUGCAAGGAGGCUGUUGUCUCCAUUUCUCAUUUCUAGAGACAUGGACUUUUGCAGUAUGUCUGUCUUUUGAGUCGUCAAGAAAUGUUUCGCCGCUGUUCCAUACACUGUAUCAUAGUAAAUAAUUUAUUGCUGAAGGAGAAAUCUCAGUGCUAGAGCCUUGCAGAUAAAUACUGCAGAAAGAACCAGUGUAUGUACGUGUUGUAUAACCUGCUGUCAGGCACAGUUAAUACUGUAACAGCUGGUUUUCACCCUCAAGUUCUCCUUGAGUUUUGACUUGAAUAGCAUCUUUAAGUGUAUAUAGCUUUCAACUAAAAUUCCACUGACACACCAGGUCUGUCUUCAUUUCAGUAUG